AUGGCUUGAGCCGGACUCCCUGCUACCCUCCCGAGAGGACGCUAACACUUCCCGCAGUCACCUGUGGCUCGGUUAAACCUUCUAAGAGCAACACCCUCUUCCUUCCUCGGAUCUAGCCUUGAUUCUUCCCUCCUGCUCAUGUCCCCCCAUCUCCGGGCCCCGAAAUCUCCCCCAACUGCAGGAGAGUGUUUUACUGCCCAUGCAGUUCAUCCCUCAACACAUCACUUUGCUUUCCAAGGGGUAAAAGACGACGUUUGCAUCGCUCCACUAGAAGGAGAGAGAAGAAGAAGGAAGGAGGGGGUCAGGGAAUUCUGAGAGGGUCCGAGGUCUGGGUGGCAGGUGAGUGGAACAGUUGUGGAACUUCAGCCGCAACUGCGAUGAUGGCAUCUCUUUCUGGAGCCACGAACUGGACAGAGGGGGGUGGUGGGGGCAGCACUACAGACUGGGGGAACCUGAGUUCUUCUGUCCCAGAGGCUUUGGAGGCAGCUGGGACCGCAGGAGGCGACUGGAUGCAACUGGUGGCGCAGACUGGGAACCUCUCUUCAUCCUUGUCUUCCCUGGACUUAUUCGGGGGUGCUUUGGCCACCUCCUCCCCAGCGCCUUUGCAACCGACGGCAAACCUCACCAACCAGUUCGUGCAGCCGUCCUGGCGCAUCGCGCUGUGGUCCCUUGCCUAUGGUGUGGUGGUGGCUGUGGCUGUCUUUGGGAACCUGAUCGUAAUCUGGAUCAUCCUGGCCCACAAGCGCAUGAGAACGGUGACCAACUACUUCCUGGUAAAUCUGGCUUUCUCGGACGCCUCCAUGGCAGCUUUCAACACCUUGGUCAACUUCAUCUACGCUCUGCACAGCGAGUGGUACUUCGGGGCCAACUACUGCCGUUUCCACAACUUUUUCCCGAUCACCGCCGUAUUCGCCAGCAUCUAUUCCAUGACUGCCAUUGCGGUGGACAGGUACAUGGCCAUUAUAGAUCCUCUGAAACCCAGACUAUCUGCAACUGCUACGAAAGUUGUCAUUGGAAGCAUUUGGAUUCUGGCUUUCCUUCUUGCCUUUCCCCAGUGUCUUUACUCCAAAACGAAAGUGAUGCCUGGUCGAACACUUUGCUAUGUACAAUGGCCAGAAGGUCCAAAACAGAAUUUUACGUACCAUAUUAUUGUGAUUGUACUGGUGUAUUGCUUCCCAUUACUUGUCAUGGGCAUCACCUACACCAUUGUGGGAAUUACCCUCUGGGGAGGAGAAAUCCCAGGUGACACAUCAGACAGGUACCACGAGCAGCUCAAAGCCAAAAGAAAGGUGGUAAAAAUGAUGAUUAUUGUUGUGGUGACAUUUGCUAUCUGCUGGCUGCCCUAUCACAUAUACUUCAUCAUUACUGGAAUAUACCAGCACUUGAAUCGAUGGAAAUACAUCCAGCAAAUCUACCUGGCUAGCUUUUGGCUGGCCAUGAGUUCCACCAUGUACAAUCCGAUUAUCUACUGCUGUCUCAAUAAGAGAUUCCGAGCUGGUUUCAAGAGGGCCUUCCGCUGGUGUCCCUUCAUUGAAGUAUCCACUUACGAUGAAUUAGAGCUCAAGGUUACCAGAUUUCACCCCACCCGACAGAGUAGCUUGUACACUGUGUCCAGGAUGGAGUCCAUGACCGUGGUGUUUGAGCCCAACGAUGACCCGAACUCUAAAUCCUCACGAAAGAAGAAGGCUGCUUCAAGAGACACCAGCUUCAAUGGGUGUUCAAGCAGGAAUUCCAAGUCAGCUUCUACCACCUCUAGCUUCAUCACUUCCCCAUAUGUGUCUGCAGAUGAAUAUUCCUAAAAUCCAUAGCUGUUAGCAAAGGUUCCAUAAAGGUAGAAUUAUCGCAAAAAGAGGCCAUCUUAGACCCAUGUGUUUCUUACAUCCCAACAACAAAAAAGUGUCUAUAGGCAAUCAUACUUCAGUGUGUGUAUUGGCCAUAAAGGCUACAAUGAUUACAUAUCAGUAUUUGCUGUGAGGAAAAGGUCGAAGCUUUUUUUUUUGUACAUAUGACAUGUUUUAGGACAGCAAUCUGCAUCUCAUACGCAGGAAUAUCCCUUAAUCCACUUAGAACACUAUGGCUUUUUGCUACAUGCCACUAACUUGACAUGAUUCUGUUGGUUAUUUGAGUCUUCUGAAGUUUCAAGUGAACAGAUUUUAAAAUUAUUAUAACAGGAAUAAAAUUUGUUCAGAUUCAGCUUUGAAGAGAAGUUAAAUGGAUGAUACAGAUCAGAGCUAGAAAGUCUUCAGAAGCUGUCUAGUCAUUGCACAGAGGAGGAAUCAAAGACCCAGGGGGAUUAAAUGACUUGCCAAGUUCACACAGAUAGCAGUCAUCAGAGGCAGAAUGCAAACCCAGGCCUUAUAACUCCAGAGUUCUUUUUUGUGUGUACUACAUGGCUUCUCUGUAAACUGGCUUUUUUACAACUCAUCUUUAAAAUUUCCAAAGCCUCUCCAACAAUUCUGAAGUGGACAGCACAAAAAUGAUCAUCUCUUUUCUUCUAAAUGAGGAAUCUGUUGCUCAUAGUGGUUAAAUAAUUACCAUUGGUCACAUAGCUACUAAGUGUUUGAACCAUGAUCCAAAUCCAGUCUCCUUUAUCCUAGACUAGUGAUGUCAAGCUCCAAUAAGAAUAAGGGGCCAUUAAGGCAUACAUAAGGAUCCCUGUUGGUGCAUAUUGGCCUAGAAAACCUCAUAUCAGUAUUGCCUAUGUUUUGUUGUAUUUGUAUUUAUUUUUGUUAAAUAUCUCUUAAUUAUAUUUAAAUCUGGUUUGGGUGGGUCAUAUGUUUGACACCUCUGUCCUAGAUUAAUAUUCUUUCUACUAAACCACAUAUUAUCUGCAUAUUAUCCAAGUAUUACCUAAUAGUAACUAGAUAAUAUAAUUGGAAAUAGUUAUUUUUAAAAAUUCAAAGUUACCUUUAAAUGAAAGGAAAAAAAUGGUCCCAUUAUUUUGUCACAUGGUCUAAUUUACAUAUCUUUGUUUCCUAUUAUCUCUAAGAAAAUGAAUACUGGAAGAAAAAUGCAUUUUUUUAUUCAUUCUUUAUCUCAAAAUGAAAAAUUGGGAACUUGAAACUUAAGAUAGAAAUUGAAAAAAGUGAUCCUAUCACUUUCCUUUCUCUUUCCCAUUAAUCAGAAAAUCAGAAUGGAUUAUAGAACACACAAUGUGUGUCAGACUAAAUCAAAAGUGUAUCCAACCACUGAGAACAAGUACUGGUUGGAUAGGCAAGGAGAUAGGACCAUAGAGAUCUCUUUCAUAAUCUGUGGGCAUAAAAAUAACAUAUCAUCGUUAAAGGCAAACGCUUUCUUGACCCUCAAAAUAAGGAAGGACUUUUAUGGGAGAAAUUAUGGCUAUACUAUCUUAAGGGUUUAAAAACAGAUUCUGUUUACUGACUGAGUACAAGCGAAGGCAUAAUACACAGAUGAAAAGUGCGCACAUAUGCAACCUGUUGGCAAAGACAAAUGCUAUUUGAGCUGAAAGGAAGAAUGAUUAUAAAGUCAGGCCGCAAAAUAUUAGAGUUGAUAUUAAUAAAGAAGCAGAGAACUCAGCCAAGUAAAAAUGAAUGCAGUUUCCACAGUGUGAUCAUAUUUGUUAACCACUUAAAUGCAUGCAAAUAAGGACUGAGAAAAGGAAAGAAAACAACUUGUCUCCCAUGCAGAGAAGAAUUUCCUCUACUAGGUGGUUGACUUGGUACACAAUCUGAUUCCCAUAGACAGAGAGAUGAGAUUUCCUUCUUGAGAAGCACAUAUUUUCCUAGAUAAGACUUUUUUUUCCUGAAAACCAUCACAGAAAAAAUGACAAAUUUUCAAUAUAAAUCUUGAAGAGCACAAUUUAUCCAUGGAAUUCAUUCUGAUAUCCUCCUCUACUUAUUACUCUCCUGUCAAGAAAGCAAUGUACUUGAACCAAAUAAAGUUUACAAUGAUUUAAUCAAUCAAUGAGCAUUUAUUAGGCCCCUACUGUGUGACAGACACUUAGCUAGAAACUAGGGAUACAAAGUCAAAGUGAAACAAUCCCUGCCCUCAGGGGGUUUACAUUCUAUCCAUGUAGAUCAUUUGUACAUAUACAGGCAUAUGCAAAAUAGAUGCAAGGUGAAGGAGAGUGCUGGAAAGCAAAGGUCCUCCACAAUCCAAUUAGCUCAAGGGUUCUUAACCUCUUUUGUGUCCUGGACCCCUUAGGCAAUCUGGUGAUGCCUAGGACCCACCCCCUUCUCAGAAUAAUGGUUUUAAAUGCAUAAAAUAAAAUACUUAAUAAGGAAGAAAGGAAACCAAUUAUAUUAAAAGUUAUCAAAAAAAAUUUUUAAGUUCACAGAUACGAGAUUAAGAAACCUUGAAUUAGAUUUUUGAAGAAGUACUUAUAAAAUAAUGAUCUCUAGCAUGUCAACAAUGUCCAGUCUUUCCCUUUCUUCUCCUUGACCCAAAAGAAAUUAAGUGAGAGCAAGUUUUCCAUGACAAUCCAUGGCCUAUUUCUCUAAGACCAUUUGACUACUUUCAAAAUUUCACUUCUCAUUUUGGAGCAAUAUGAGCUGAAUCUAUAAGUGAAUUGUUAAGUAUUAAGAGGUUUAAAUAGUCAUAUAAUUGCUCUAGAAUGGGUUUCAAUGCAUUUUUUGAUGGAGUAGAUAGACUGUAGUUAUAUCAGAACUGUUGCUCACAGGUCCCAGGAGACAGGAAGUCUGUCCUCAUGUGCAUGUUUCAUAAGCAAGUUUAUUAUUCUUAAGUAUUUUAAUUGUUUGAUUAGUGUAACUUUUUGAAAUAUUGUUGGUUUUAUAAAUGUGGUAAUAUAUGACAUGCAAUGUAAUAUCUAGGGUAAAAUGUCUAAUAUUGAAUAGUUUGAGGGUUCCUCUGCUCUUUAAAGUCUAAACUAAGAAGGCAUUAUUACCUUCUUAAUACUAUGGACACAUGGCCAAAACACCACCAAGCAAAAUACUAACGCUGGGGAGUAAAAGUCCUAAAAUGUCCAUGCUUCACAUCUAUACAUUUGCAAGGUAUAACUCAACCUUCACUUAAGCUAAAGAGGCUCAUUGGAAAUUAUCAGGAAGAGCUAAGGUUAAAAAAAAAAAGUCCUCUUUAUUUCAAAGUAGAAAUGUAAAUCCCUAUCGUCACCCAAGACCAUUAACCUUGGCUGUCACAAAACCCAGAAAGAUAUGUCAUACUUUUUUUUACCUUUGGCUAUAGGGGACAUCAAAGUUCAAAUCCAAUGCUGAAGGUUUUCAACAAGAUUCACAAAGGAGAAAAGAGAGAGGACAAAAAGACUCACGUGUGAAAUGUACUUCACAGAAUCUAUGCAUUUAUUAAAAAAAAAAUGAAAGUUCAGGCUUUUCUUUCCCUCCACCCCCAGUUUUGCCAAUAGGGCCAAACAGGUACAUCAGAACUCAUUCUCAUUAUCACAUAUGAAAAUAAACCCCAGGUCUAAGAAAAAAAUCACUUUAAAAAAAAAGAAUUCCAAAAUUCAAAUAUUUGAAAGACAGUAGAAGAAUCUGUAUCUAAAAAUCACUAUACUCAUUUAAAUUUUAAAACUCAAUAGAAACCUUUCUAUGUUGGUUUCAGGCAUUCUCCCAAAGCACAUUUUUAUGCGUUUUAUGAAUAAAUCAAAAAAGGAUCCUGAGUUUACUAGACUUGAACAAGCACAGGAAUACAAAAAUAUUCCAACAUUUCUGAAAGGGUCAUAGGUAAUUUCAUAACUUGUAUUCUGCCGUAAAUUAAUGUAAAGAGUUAAUUGUUAUUCCUAUUAUUCUGAAUAAGUGUUAAGUAUCUGACAAUGGCUGUAGAAGAAAACUGAUAUUUUUAAGAGCCAUCAAUGCUGUGGAACCCCAAACAGUACCUCUGGUCUUUAACAAAUCUAAAGUGCAGGUUUUUAAUUCCAGCUUCCAAAUCCACAACUGUGACAUUCUUGAUAGAGUAGCUUGGUUCUCAUCCUCCAACACUUUAGCUUCCCAUGGAUGCUACUUUCAUACACAAAGCUCUGAGCAGGUUCAAAGGGACCUCCAUACUCAGAAGUCACACAUGAAAUUGCCAAGGGGAAGCUUAGUACUAAGAACUACAAAAAUAAAUUGAAGGUUAAAAAUGAAUGCUGGUCAGCUCUGGGAUGUGUUGACUUUACUUUUAUUCACUCUAAAUUCCAGUAGCCACGUUGGAAAGACUUGGGCUUUUCCUCCAACUGCAACACCCCAUUUUUAAGGCAAAGGAAUCAGAUUAACUUCUUAUAUAGUUAACAGCAACAAUUCUAAUUCAAACCUAGCAAUUUGCCACAAUUGAAUAAAAUGAAGCAGAGAAUCAGAUACUAGAAUAAUAAGAUAUUAGAAAUUUUUUCUGAAUAAGGACCAAGCCUAAUUGUUAUAUUGGAUUACUUGUCAAGUGUUAUAAUGUUUUGGUGAAUAAUUUGUGAGCAUAAGAAAUUAAUGUGCAUAAGGUUUAUAGUUGGUUAAUAAAGUCUUUUUAAUUGUGAUAACCAUAAAAAAAGAAUUGUGUCAUGAAUUGGCAUAUGUCACAAGAUAUUUGCAGUGAAUUUAGUUUCUUCUUUUUUCUAAGAAAAAAAAAGGGGGAAAUGAGGGAAAGGGAAAGGAAAGGGAGAGAAAGGAAGGGAGAAAGAAAAAGAUGGGAAAGGAGAGAGAGAGACUAAAAAAUUACUAAUGACUUAUUAUCGGCUGA